CACACACCUUCGCCACAACACUCGCUUUGAUAAUUUGAUAAAAGGAAAGGUACAAACAAUGGCAUCCGACAAGACCGUGGGAGUGCUCGGUGGAGGCCAGCUGGGACGCAUGUUGGCCGAAGCAGCAAACCUUUUGGAAAUCAAAGUCAACUUCCUCGAUGCCGUCGGAUCAAGUGCCAAGCAGGUGUCCGGUCACAAUGGUCAUGUCGAAGGUUCAUUCAAGGAUAGGACAGCAAUUCAGAAGUUGGCGGACCAGUCCGACAUCAUCACUGUGGAAAUCGAGCAUGUGGAUACGAAGAUGCUCGAAGAGAUUUCGGAAAAGGUUGAUGUACAACCGUCGUGGAAAACACUGCGCAUGAUUCAGGAUAAGUACCUCCAGAAACAGCACCUCGAGAAGUACGGUAUUGCAUCGAUGCAAUCCCUCGCUCUGUCCGAGCCGACUGUGCCCGAGCUGGAGCGUGUCAGUGGCGAGCUGGGCCUGCCGCUGAUGUUGAAGUCGAGAAGAGACGCCUACGACGGACGGGGCAAUUUCGCAGUCAAGACCACGGCAGAUUUCACGGCCGCACUCGAAGCUCUCGCUGUGAAUCGUGAUUUGUACGCGGAGGCCUGGUGCAACUUCCGAAUGGAACUUGCAGUCAUGGUAGUCAAGACCGAAACGGGCGUGCUCUCAUUCCCGACAGUGGAAACGAUCCACGAGAACAGCAUCUGCAAAUUGACCUACGCGCCCGCACGAGGGGUCAGCCCCGAGGUCAACCAACAAGCGCAAGAUCUGGCCAAACAAGCAGUGGCGUGCUUUUGGGGCAAGGGCGUGUUCGGAGUGGAAAUGUUCUUGACCACGAGUGGCAAAUUAUUGAUCAAUGAGAUUGCACCUCGCCCGCACAAUUCGGGCCACUACACUAUUGAAGCAUGUCCGGUAUCACAGUACGAGGCCCAUCUUCGUGCGAUAUUGGAUCUCCCGCUUCACCAAGAAGAUCUCGAACUCCGCGAGCCGAGCAUCAUGCUCAAUAUUCUGGGUGGCGAUGCUCCCGACUCUCAUCUCACCAUUGCGCGUGCUGCUCUGCAACAGCGUCGUACCAAGAUUCAUCUCUACGGGAAAGGUCAAGCACGCAAAGGCCGCAAGAUGGGCCAUCUCACAGUCUGUGCACCUACCAUGAGAGAAGCCGAACAGCUCGUCCAGCCCAUGAUCGACCUCGUCGACCAAGGAAAGCCUCGAGCAGCGCAAUCGUCCCGCAGUCACGAAGAGGAGGAGAAGAAGAAGAAGCAGGAGGCACCUCUAGUAGCAAUCGUCAUGGGAUCCGACUCCGAUCUCCCCGUGCUCCGUCCCGGACUCGCAAUCCUCACGAAAUUCGGCAUCCCAUACACAGUCCGCAUCACAUCCGCGCACCGCACACCCUCAUGGAUGGCACAAUUUGCAUCUUCGGCCUCCUCGAGCAGUAUCAAAGUCAUCAUCGCCGCUGCAGGAGGUGCAGCUCAUCUUCCCGGUAUGACGGCCGCAUACACUCCUCUCCCUGUGAUUGGCGUCCCUGUCAAACCGAGUAUCGGAGACGGUAUGGACUCUCUCCUCAGUAUUUGCAAUAUGCCUCGUGGAGUCCCUGUGGCUACCGUGUCGAUUAAUAACUCUGUCAAUGCUGCUUUACUCGCUGCGAGAAUUCUGGGAGCUGCGGAUAAGGGUAUUCGGCAAGUUGUGGAGAAGUAUAUGCGGGACUCGGAGAAGGAGGUGAGGGUGAAGGAUGAGAGACUCCAUGAGGUAGGCGCGGAAGUUUAUGCUGAGAGGUAUUUGGGGAAGUAAGUAUGUAUUAUACCUACAUCAUACUAUAGUGAGAAUGUUUCUCUCUCUCAUCAUUCGUUCAUUCAUCGAUGAC